AUGGCAGUGGCCUUAUUCAUCGGAUACAAGGCGCUUUUGAGGAAUGAGACGCCGGUGGCAUGCAUCGUGACCAAAGGAGACGAGAUCCUCAGCAUUGGCUACAAUUAUACAAACACGUCGUUGAAUGGAACCAAACACGCCGAGUUUAUCGCGUGCAGCAGGUUGGCAGAUGAUACAAAUUUCCAAGAGUUGACACUCUAUGUAACGGUCGAGCCGUGCAUCAUGUGCGCUUCGUAUUUGCGCCAGCUACAUUUUGGAAAAGUGGUCUUUGGUUGCGGUAAUGACCGGUUCGGAGGCGCAGGAACCAUCUUGUCGGUGCACAACGACCGUGAAUUCGCCAACGCUCCGUUUCAGGCACUCGACGGUAUAUGUAGGACAGAAGCCAUUCAGCUAUUGCGGAACUUCUACAUCCAAGAAAAUGAAUCGGCCCCGAGUCCCAAGGUGAAGAAAAACAAGAAUAUCGACGAGAAGGAAUACCCCAUGAACCCGCUUGAAUCGCUGAGAAUGGAGCACGCGUCGUUCUAUGGCAAAGAGAGGCUCAUUCAGAGUGGCAGGGAAUUAACUCCGAAGGCGAACUUGGGGUACAGCAUCGCCAACUAUCUCGAUAUCCAUAGGCUCCGGAAAGUUCCGUAUUUGGAAAAAGAGUUGGGCGACGUGACUUUGCAGCAGUUGGAAGAGUUCAGCUCUCUCUUUUACGAUGUCGAUAAGGAUGGCCAGGUGGUUUACUCCAAACAGGUGGAAAGAUACCAACCCAAGAGGCGGAAGUUGCUGGAAUCUUGA